AUGAAUGGUGUGGAAUUUGAACACGACAUGAUGGUCCACGAUAAUGAAGAAACAUUGGCCAAGAUAAAUUGUCAUGUAUUGAAUGCUCAUAACUAUUAUUUCAAGAAUGGAUUGAUGGAGGUUUUGGGAUUCUACUGUGAAGGAAGCUCUGCGCAUGAGGAUGAUGAAGAUUCAGAUGAUGACAAAAAUGACAGUGAUAAAGAAGAGAAGUUCAAACCCAGUAAUAGAGCGACGGAUGGAAUUGAGUAUUUUAUCAAGAAUUCAUCGGUUCAUGUGAAGUUUUUAACAUAUUCUGGUGAGCCAGUUGUCUUGCAUCAAAAUUUACACAUCACAGGCACUGUUGGUCACUACUAUUUGGCAAGAGAAUUGGAUGAUUCUUCUUUGCUAACAUUGGUUGAAAUUACACAGAAAAGAAUAUUUGAUAUUCCUGCUUUUGAGAGUUUAUUGUUUUCUAUUAAGGGAAAUAUUCAAAUGGAAGUUUUAUUUAGAAUAAUGCUUGGUAUUGGAGGCAUCACUUGUGUCGAUUAUUAUUUGAACUUUAUUCUCAAUACUUAUAAUUAUGUCAAAGAACCACCUCCUCCAUCUAAUAAUAAUAAUGGAAAAACGAAGAAUCAAAGUCCUAUAAUUAGUUAUUUUGGAGAAAAAAAAUAUAAUCGUAGAAUAGAUAUUAAUGAUUAUCGUCAAUGUCCAGUGCCUUAUCAACUAGAUUCGUUAAUUGACUUAUUGAAAUCAGGAGAUGAUUUAAGACAUACGGAAAGAAUGACUAAAUAUGUAAUAGAAUUAGUUUACAAAUCGAUGGCAUCUUUUGCUUCCUAUCCUAAAAAAGGCAACAAAUACUAUAUUCCAGAAAUUGCAAAUCAAUUCAUUUCAGGAAAAUGCUUUUUGAAAAAUGGAGAGUAUAAAUUCAUAGUUACUUUGAGAAAGUCAAAUGGUGGGAAAUUCAAGCUUUUAAUGUUUUUUCCUGAUCAUAUAAAUGGUGGAGAUGAUGAAGAAGUUUACGGGUAUCAAUAUUUCAGGAUUCUCUUGCUAGAUAAAUCAGAGAAUAAGUUUUUAAGGGAGUGCUAUUCGAAUCGUAAAAGAAAGAUCCAAAAGAAAGUGAAACAAUUCAUUGAUGGAAUAUUGGAGGAAAAUUUAGAUUUCGAGUCUAUUUGUGCCUGUAUUGUCGGUUUGGUGUAUAGUCGAGGAUAUCUUGUCAAUUAUAUGAAACCUGGUAAAAGAGUUUGGAAAAAUGUGCAAAAUCUUGUACCAAGAAAAAGAAAAACUAAAUCUGCCCCAAUUCAAGCUGGUCAAAUAGGAGAUGAUGGUUUGGAUCUUGAUCCUCUUACUAUAUUUUGGAUAGAUGAAGAGCUCACUGCAGCUUAUGAUUAUGGAGAUGUCAAAACAAUCAAAAAUCCAAAAAUCAAAGAUGAAGCUUUUGAGUAUGUCUCAAAUCUCAUUGCAAAUUAUAGAGCUAUCAAUAGAGAUGACAUAGACUAUCAAACCUAUGGAGCUUAUAAGGAUGCUCAUGCCCUUUACUCGGAGCCAAUAGUCGAUGUCCAUGAUUUUGAUUAUCAAGAAAAGAGUCUUUAUUAUGUUAAUGGAAGGCACCAUUAUUGUGUUAUUGUUAGUGGAUAUGACGAAAUUGUAAUUUGUGGAGAAGCUUCUAACGAAAUAUUCUAUUGGACUCCUUAUUGUUUUUUCAGAGUUGGAGAACCAGAAGAAGGAACGUGUGAUGAAACAGAUACAAAUUACGAUUAUUCACAUCUGAAACCUUUGAAAGAGCUCCAAAGUGUCACUUUUGAUAAUGUAUUAGAAAAUAUAGAGGAAUUUUUUGCUCAAUUCAAAUAA